AUGGCGACCGACGCGCCGGCGGUGGCUGCUGCCCCAAAGAAACCACGCACUGGUCGACCAUCGCAUGCCGUGUGGAGCCACUUCAUUCGUGGAGAGAAGCGGAAUAAGUGCCACCACCACGUGUACUGUCGGUAUUGCUCGCAAGCGCAGGCCCAAACCCUCACCGGAGCGGCCACUGGCCCGGCCAGCGUCGAGUGCAUACGUGGGGUGCCUCAGGCGAUGCUGCGCCACUUGACAACGUGUGCUUACUCUCCACAAAGCGUUCAAAUUGAAAUGAAGCUGGUUGUCGCCCAGCAACGAUCGAAGAAACGCUCGUCUCCACUGCAUACGCCAGCUACUCCCAACACAUCUCUUGACGACCUAUUGCAGCUUGACGACACCCUCAACAAGACAGCGUCGUCCUCAUCGCGAGAUAGUCGCAGCAUUCACGAUCACCCCGUUGUUCGCACGUUUCCACGAAAUCCGCCGCUGACCAUAGACACGUGGGUACAGAUUGCUCGGAGCGGCAGUGUGCCGUUUGCGUGGCUAUACAACGAUCACGUUCAGUCGCUGUUGCCUCGGGCACUUGAAAUCCCGCCACCAGACAGGAUCUUCGCGUUGUGUUCGUCGUCUCCGUUGAAUUCUCCAUACGAAAUGACUCGAGGCAUGUGGACGGUGAGUGUCAGCUCCUGGGACUCUGUGUGCACCCGCCAGCACACCGUUGCGUGUUCUGUCGUUCGGCAAGCACCGUUCGCCGCCGUUGGUGCUCGCACAUCGGCAAACCAAUCCCGCCCGGUCCGUCACACAUUUUCCAUUCAAGUGGUGCCGCGAAAUGCCGACGCUCUGACUAGGCAUUUGAAACAGAUUUUGCAGAGUCUGUGCGGUCCAGACUCCGCCUCCGAAGGCCAACCAAGGACGAUCUGCCUGGAAGAAGGCGCAUUCGUUGUCGGAGUUGUCUGCGACUCGGCCAAGACUCUUGUUGCUGCGCGAGCUGCCAUCGAUAGUCUACACUUGCCCUUUGUCUCGACCCUGUGUGUCGACAGCAUCCUGCGGCUCCUGGUCAGUCGGCUUUUCAUGACGCACAAGGACGUCGUGCGGCAAGUCUUGUUCCCGUCGGGAAUGCCUCCCCUGGCUGGUUUCUAUCCAACGCGACAGUCGUGGGCCACAUGGAUCGAUUGUAUUCUGGCAGCGAAUGCGAUCCAUCCGUUGUCCGAUGCGUGUGUCGUCCUCCGCGCGGCGUACGCAUCCACAUCGACGUCAGUCCAUUCAUUGACUCUGCACGAUGUUGUGGAGUUGAUGGUGACCAUGCACCAACACAACCAGUUCCAAGACGUGGUAGAGACCGUAUGGGCCGCCUUGAUGGCCCAUGCAGCAAUCACAGCGCCAUUUGCGAUCCUCAGCAUUGCUUUACACGCGCCACAUGGUUCCCGCCACGAGAUGUGGAAUGUCGUGAGCGCAACUGCUGCUGGAUCGAUCGUAGCGUUGGUGGCUCCGACGGAUGCGCCAUCCCUUGGCAAGCCCGACACGAACGCAGACGCGGUGUAUUCGCAAACUGCGCCAAACGGUCUGCAAUGGGUGAGGUUGGGCUCGUAUGCUCAAAAUUUGGCCCGCCGAUGGCACAUGGAUGAUGUGGCGCUGGCGCGUGAUCUCUUGGUCUAUAAAAGCGCCCAGACUUGUCUUGCCCAAGAUGCCAGUUCUACAGGAACCCCGUCGUCCGCGUCGACCGUGCCAACGUUGGAAGCCUUUCAAAGCAGAUUGCAAGCGUUCACGCCGAUGGUGCCGUCGCUGGCGCGGCAUAUUCCAGGGCUCGACUGUGGCGGGCUCACUCUGACCGCUAGAACAGACGUCCCCCACAAUGUCUUGCUGCCCAUGGUACAACACCAGCAAAUGGAUGAGAACUGGACGGCCGAUCGGCACGAUGGCGAGACCCAUGCUGCUUUUGGCAAACCACACCUCGCGAUUGUGUGGAGUGCGGCCGAAUGGGACUCUAUAUGCGACGACGUAGAAGUGUUUUUGACCCAAGAACUCGACGAGCUACAACGCCAUGGCGGUGUGCGUCGGCCCCUUGUGACGCUAGAAGACUUGAGUCGGUGGUGGCCUGCCUGCUGCCGGACCACAAGCUGCGCUUCAUAGCUCACCGACCCGAAGUGCAUUGACAAGCGUCUGCAAAUCCGUGCCGUUGGGGGGGGCGUUUCCU